GGGAGCGAGAGGGAGAGAGAGCGAGAAGGAGGGAGAGAGGUUCACCAGGGCGAGUUCACUUGACUUCAGAGCAAGUGGACACUAACUUUUUAAAAUCUUUUUAACCCUUAAAGUCUCAGCCCUCUUCAUUGCUCUGAUUGUCCCAAUGAAUUCUCACAGAAUGAAAGAGGUUACGAGUGUCGAUCACUGUUGUUAGGAGUUAGAUGUUUACUCUCUGGAGCUGUGGAUUGGGACUCUAGCAUGUCUUCUUCCAGCCCUGAGAGUGAGAGCGACCAGUGCAACUCUACAGAGGACCUGACUGGUGCAGGUGGUCCACCGGACGGAGCUGAGUCUCCCGCUCAGCCCAGCGGAGCUGUCAUGCUGCCCAAAGCCGACACGGAAUCUUUGGGACUCGUUCGAUCGCAUGGAGAACAGGGGCACAUGCAAAGGAAUAUGCAAGCCCCCCACUAUAAAAUGAUGGACUACUCGUAUGACGAAGACUUGGAUGAGAUGUGUCCGGUUUGUGGUGACAAGGUUUCUGGAUACCACUAUGGGCUGCUCACCUGCGAAAGCUGCAAGGGCUUCUUCAAGCGCACUGUUCAGAACAACAAGCGGUACACAUGUAUAGAGAACCAGAGCUGCGCCAUCGACAAGACACAAAGAAAACGCUGCCCUUACUGCCGCUUCCAGAAGUGCCUUACCGUCGGCAUGAAGCUGGAAGCUGUUAGGGCGGACCGCAUGCGUGGCGGCCGCAACAAGUUUGGCCCCAUGUACAAGCGCGACCGGGCGCUCAAGCAGCAGAAAAAGGCACUGAUCCGUGCCAACGGCCUGAAGAUCGAGGCCAUGACCCAGGUGAUGCAGGCGGUGCCCACCGACCUCACCAUCUCCUCGGCUAUCCAGAACAUCCACCAGGCAGCUUCCAAGGGCCUGCCGCUCAGCCACCACGGUCACCCGCACCACGCCGCCCUGCCCCACGCAGACUACGACCGCAGCCCCUUCGUCACGUCACCCAUAAGCAUGGCCAUGCCCCCCCAUGCCGGUUCCCUCCAGGGCUACCAGGCAGCCUACGGCCACUUCCAGAGCACCCGCACCAUCAAGUCCGAGUACCCGGACCCGUACACCAGCUCGCCCGAGUCCAUCAUGGGAUACAACCCGUAUAUGGACGCGUACCAGACGGGUUCGCCGCCCAGCUUCCCUCACCUCAUAGUGGAGCUGCUGAAGUGCGAGCCUGACGAGCCCCAGGUGCAGGCCAAGAUCCUGACCUAUCUGCAGCAGGAGCAGGCCAGCCGGGGGAAACACGAGAAACUCAACACGUUCGGCCUAAUGUGCAAGAUGGCCGACCAGACACUGUUCUCCAUCGUGGAGUGGGCCCGGAGCAGCAUCUUCUUCCGCGAGCUCAAGGUGGAUGACCAAAUGAAGCUCCUCCAGAACUGUUGGAGCGAGCUCCUCAUCCUCGACCACAUCUUCCGUCAGGUGAUGCACGCCAAGGAAGGCUCCAUCCUAUUGGUCACCGGCCAGCAGGUGGAUUACGUUGUAAUUGCCUCCCAAGCCGGAGCCACUCUCAACAACCUGAUGAGCCACGCCCAGGAGCUGGUGGGCAAGCUGCGCUCUCUGCAGCUGGACCAGAGGGAGUUUGUCUGCCUCAAGUUCCUGGUGCUGUUCAGCUUGGACGUGAAGAACCUGGAGAACUUCCACCUGGUGGAAAGCGUCCAGGAGCAGGUGAACGCUGCACUGCUGGACUAUGUCAUGUGCAACUACCCGCAGCAGACAGACAAGUUUGGCCAGCUGCUCCUGCGGCUGCCUGAGAUCCGAGCCAUCAGCCUCCAGGCCGAGGAGUACCUGUACUACAAGCACCUGAAUGGAGACGUGCCCUGCAACAACCUGCUCAUCGAGAUGCUACACGCCAAGAGGGCCUGAUGAGACUGCAGGCGGGACGCUGGACCCUGAACUAGUUUUUGCAGUUUUGUUUGUUGAGACUCCAGCCCUUACCCGACUCAGAACAAACUCUGCCCAUGUUAGAGCUAGACUUUGUGAUUCUGGGGCGGGAAGCAUCAGUCCUUUUCCUUCAUCGUAAUGAUCAACCAUCCUGGCACACAAACAGGAAAAAACAUGCAGAAACUUGACACCCACUUGCAAAUGCUGUGUAUGCGCGCACACACACACACACACACACACACACACACACACACACACACACACACGCAAAAGCACACACACACACACACGCAAAAGCACACACGUUCAAAUUCAUACAAUACGCAUAUUACAUAUACACACACACAUCCCUUUACUCUAAGACAAGUGUGUCUGGGGCCCUGGGUAAAGCUGUGAGAGACGGUGAGAAACAGCGAAAACAUUUGUAAACUGUACAUUGGACUCUGUACAUGGGAGAUCAUUUUUUUUCUGCUUUUAAUAAAAACACAAACCAUCAAGGUGAUACAAGGACUAGCAGACUGUAACUAAAGUAACAAACAAGCAAACCAUUAGUAUUCUGCACCUCCCAUACUGUUGAAGGGUUUUG